AUGGAUCAGCAAAGUGGAUCCGCGUCACCAAAUCAACAGCAUAAAGAUAGUGGUCGUAUCUCAAACAAUGCUAGUGGUGCUGGUUUCG